AACAAAAUUUGGGUUGAGCGCAGACAGGUCGACUGCGACCCUUGCUGCAGAUAAGAGUAACUAUGGGUGCCGGCAACUCUCAGUUUCGGCCGACGCCUGUUUUUAAUAGUGAUGGAACCUACAGAGUUUAUCAACCGCCAGCUACAUUGAACAGAAAACUUGCUGAGUUUCCUUACAACUUCCACUACACAAACUCACCAUUUGUGAGAAGAGUGGUGUUCUGUGCAACAUUUAUCACGAUGCCCGUCAUGUUUGCUGUAUAUUUCUCAUUGCAAACUAAACAGAACAAGAUCAUGGGGAAGAAGAGGGCUGCUGCCGCUUUUGAAUCACCUCAUGAGCGUCCACGGGUGUACAACCCUCCACAGGUUGAGCCUUACCAACUCGGGUCUGGCUUCGACCGUUUGGUACCCUGGAAAAUGGCUGAUUUCCGUGUGGAUGAUUAAACUACAAACCAUGAACACUAUGAUGGUUAUUAAGAAUUUGUCAUCUUAACAGUAUAUAACAUCUGAUCAUUGAAAGUGUUUUUAAUUGAUUGAAGUUACAUAUUGGAAUUACAAUUGUUGAAAAGGAAAGUACAUUUUUCAAAGACUUACAUAAAAUAAUAAAGUAGAGACUUUAAAAGGAUUUGAUGUGUCUGAAUUAUAUUAAAUUUACUUUAAAAGUU